AUCGUAGCAUAAAAGCAGAGCUUUCGCGAACGAAUGUUUAGUUUAAACAACCUGUUAGUACAGUAGCAGCAAGUCAGUGAUCCCUAUUUAGUCAAUAUGAUCGAUCAGCAAGAAUUAAAUUGUUAUUACGAUUUCGUUUUGAAGCUUACCAUCGAAACUGGGAAGGUAAUUCGGGAUGCGAUUGAAGGAUGCAAAAAUAUCGAAACUAAAGCUGGAGAUUGGGAUCUAGUAACUCAAUUUGACAAAAAAGUUGAAGAAAUUUUAAUAUAUAGCUUGGCUAAAGAGUUUCCAACACACAAAUUUAUUGCUGAAGAAACAGUUUCUUCCACAAAUCAUUUACCAGAAUUAACAGACGAUCCUACGUGGAUCAUUGAUCCGAUUGAUGGAACCACAAAUUUUGUACACUCCUUUCCUUUCACUUGUAUAUCAAUUGGACUGGCAGUAAAAAAAGAACUAGAAAUUGGUAUUGUUUAUAAUCCUGUAUUAGAACAAUUAUUCACAGCUAGGAGAGGACAAGGAGCCUACUUAAAUGGGAAGCUUAUUAAAAGCUCUAGUAUAGAAAGACUGGAGCAUUCGUUACUUUGUUUAGAGGCUUCUUAUGCAACAAUCGAGAAUAUCAGGGACAUUACUCUUGGCAGAGUGGAAGCUUUCGUUUCGAUAGCACAUGGCAUACGAACAAUAGGAUCAGCGGCAUUGAGUUUGUGUUAUGUAGCAAUGGGUGCAGCAGAAGGGUACCACACCGACAAUUUGAUGCCAUGGGAUGUAGCUGCUGGUGUACUUAUCAUUCGAGAAUCGGGAGGUGUAGUAAUAGAUACAAAUGGAGGAGAAUUCAAUAUCAUGUCACCAAAAGUAUUGGCAGCCGGUAAUCAUAAGUUGGUCAAUGAAUUGGUAAAAUUAAUAAAAGAAGCUGAUACAAAAACGUUGGAGAAGAAGUUUAGAAACGAAAUAAAAAAUAUAAAUAUAAAUACUUGUUAAAAAUUUUAAUAAAUUUCAUUUUACUUCGUAAUUCUCGAUUAAAAUGUUGACUAAGAAUAAUUGAGAUUUAGAAGCGAACGUGUAUUAAGUUUUAGAAUAUAUUAGUAAUUUUAUCAACUAAAAUACAAAAUAUAAAUUAAUAAUAGGAUAAUAUAAUAUACCUAAGUAAUUUCAUUCAAAUUAGUUGUAUGCGUACGAUCCUAUAAUAUAUCAAUUGUAGCCCAAAAUUAUAUUUUUAAAUAAUUUCGUAAAUCUUUUUGAUAUGAGUUAAGUAUAAUAGAUUUAUAACAGGUCUAUAUUUUUAAUGUAAAAAGGUUUCAAAUUAGAAUACAAAACAAUUAACAACCUCUAUGUUAUUAACACCAUAGAACACCGAUAUCGUUUGCUUUUUCAUUCAUACUGAUUACUUUAUUUUAACUCAAAAUGCACAAUGAAAUAUAUCUUUAAUUCUAUACUAUUAUAUUGCUGUUCUAUUUACAUGUUUUUACACAGUCAUUAUAUAGUCGGAAAGUCCAGUAAAUUAUCGGUGACUGACACCAUACAAUAAAAUACCUUAAGUUUUUUUAUUAACUGAUAAUUUAGAUUAUGCCUACCUGAAAUAUAAUUACAAUGUAAUUUUCUUUUUAUCUAAAAUCGCACUCAACUUCCAGAGAUAUUAGCGAAAUACAAUGAAAUUGUUCACAUUCUUACAAGCAUCUAGGUCCUUUUCCUAUUUUGUCUGGUAAUUUUCGUUUUUAUCGCAUUAAACAUUUUACUACGCGUACUUUAAAAUUUAUUGAUGAUAACUUUCUUAUUGACGAUCCGAUUUUGGGUCGCUCUGCUAUGAAUACGCCAAAUAUAAGAAGAAACAAGAAAAGGAAUUGAGAUAAAAUACCUCACAGAAUUCAUAUUUAGACAGACCUGUUUAAAAAAAUAGAAAUUAAUGUAAUUCUCAUAAUGCAGUGCUUGAGUCCGUUCGAACUAAUCGACAAAGGAUGGGAGUUGUUUCACAAGCGCAGGCUCGAGUUAAAUGGAUAACUCAUCAGUACCUUAAUUUUUAACGAAUGUUAUAGCGAACUGCUGGCAAAUUGAGGUUCUAAAAUCAUUUCGUUCUAGUUCUACUAUACAUACCUCAUAAUACCACCGUAUAAAAAUCUUAUGAUCUUCAGUAAUUUGUAAAAAUUAUGUAAAAUUUAUUUCCUCACGCGUAUAGCAAUUUUUGAGCAUUCAAUAAUUCUCUUCUCAAUAUAAAAUGAUAUGUAUUUUUAAUUGUUAUUUUAUAGAUGAAAGAUAAAUCUGUUAUUCUGCUUAUUUCUGGGUAUUGGUGUUAAAGUUAAAAAAGAAAUUAAGUCGAUAGGUCACGAUAGCGUAGUAAUCUGAAGUAACGAUUAAGAGAAAGAAAGGAAUUAUCAAGUUUGUAAUAAAUAUUUCAUCUCUUCCUUA